AUCCCCUUCUCCAGGAACCCACUCGCUCCCUGCCGCCUCCGCUGGGUCGGCUCGGUGUCCCGCAGCGGCCGGCCGGUGCCGGCGGGCCGGGGCCGCCGCCUGCAUUGCGUCGGCGGGCGCGGCGCGCAGCGUGCCGCGGCGGCGGGGGCCGCGCUGGCGGCUGCGGGGGCGACCGGCCCGGGGGGUAGCGUGCUUCCCCUCCUCCCUCCGGUCCCGUUCCCCCCCACCCCCUCCGCCCUCCCUCUCCCCGAGCUGCACCAAACAGCUCUCAGGUUUCUGCUGAUACUGCAGCGUCAAGAAAUGGCUCGAGUUUGCUCCUUGCUCUUAUGCAUUCAGCAGCCCGCUCGCUCCUGCCACACGCGUCCAGCUCCUGCCUCCUGCUGCUGCUGCUGCCGGGACGAGCCAAGACCGACUCCAGGGAUGCGGCUGCAGGACUGCGGCUCUCUUACAUCUCCCCAGCCGCCGCUGCCCAGAGCCCGGCUCCUUUUCCCGCUGUCUUAAGGGAAGAGAACAAGAGAGCCAGCAGCUAUCUAGGACUCCGUGAUUUUAUUUACUAACUCAAGCCUUUUGAAAAAGGUACUUUGCACUUUUUUUUUCUCUCCCACCCCCCACUGCGGUUCUCGGCAGAAACUAAUUAAACCCACUCGCCCUUGGUGCAGCCUAAGACAGUGUAUGAAUAUUUCAGUGUCUCGCAGGCAGCCCUGUAAAACGAUCGCUGUAUUAUUAAGAGGGGCGCAAGAGGAAGAGGAGGAGGGCUGAGUUUGCCGCUGCGGUUUUUGUUUUGGUUUGGUUUUUUUGGAUGCUGCUGCAAGGCGACUUGACGCAUUCCGGCACUGGCUCCUACUCCUAACCGGCGCGUCUCACUCGGAGCAGCCGCAGCGAUGGUCAAGUCGGCAAGAAAAGUGGACGGAUCAAGUUAAAGGCAAAAGGAGACGGCUGGGGAGGGGACCCCAGCCUGUGGGUGUACUCCAUAGAUCUUCAGCCUUCCGGCUUGGGGGACGGGACCCCUCACCUUACCUGCCCUCUUCCCCUCCCUAAAGGUACUUCUCCCCUCUUUCUUCAUGCUCCCAUCAUCCCUGAUGCCUCUUCCUUCACCCCUCUUCUCAUUACCCUUUUUGAAUAUUUCCAGCCUUUAGGCCCCACAUCCAUCCCUUCUGCAAGCUCUCCACCCCAAUUCAUCAUCCCUCCCUGCAGAUUCUGACCCUUGCCUGCUCCACCUCCACUGAACUACCCUGGGGCUUUUGGCUCUCCUCCAUCCUCCUCUCCCUGUCAAAUCCCUCUCCCUCACUUUUCCCCUGUCCCUGGGUCCCCCUUCCCGUGUGUCACCAUGACUGUGAUGGCUGGAGAGAACAUGGAUGAGACUUCGGCAUUACCUGGCCACCCCCAGGAUAGCUACCAGCCUGCUGCCCACGAUGACCAUGAGUGUUGUGAGCGCGUAGUGAUAAACAUUGCUGGACUACGUUUUGAGACACAGCUGAAGACCUUAGCCCAGUUCCCCAACACUCUGCUGGGCAACCCCAAGAAGCGCAUGCGGUACUUUGACCCCUUGCGCAAUGAGUACUUCUUUGACCGGAAUCGGCCCAGUUUUGAUGCCAUCCUCUACUACUAUCAGUCUGGAGGGAGGCUUCGCCGUCCGGUCAAUGUACCCUUGGACAUGUUCUCUGAGGAGAUCAAAUUUUAUGAGCUGGGUGAGGAGGCCAUGGAGAAGUUCCGGGAAGAUGAAGGAUUCAUCAAAGAUGAGGAGAGACCCUUGCCGGAGGGGGAGUACCAGCGCCAAGUAUGGCUCCUCUUUGAAUACCCAGAGAGCUCUGGGCCUGCAAGAGUCAUUGCAAUAGUCUCUGUCAUGGUGAUCCUCAUCUCUAUCGUGAUCUUCUGCCUAGAGACAUUACCUGAGCUGAAGGAGGACAAGGAGUAUACAGUGCAUCGCACUGACAACACCACCCAGGUCUACAAAUCCAACAUCUUCACAGAUCCCUUCUUUGUUGUGGAGACCUUGUGCAUCAUCUGGUUCUCCUUUGAGCUGGUGGUGCGCUUCUUUGCUUGCCCCAGCAAGACUGAAUUCUUCAAGAAUAUAAUGAACUUCAUUGACAUUGUGGCCAUCAUCCCUUACUUCAUAACCCUGGGUACUGAGAUGGCCGAGCGGGAGGGGACUCAGAAAGGAGAGCAGGCCACCUCCUUGGCCAUCCUGAGAGUCAUCAGACUGGUAAGAGUCUUUCGAAUCUUCAAACUCUCCCGGCACUCUAAGGGCCUCCAGAUUUUGGGACAGACCCUCAAAGCAAGUAUGAGAGAGCUAGGUUUACUAAUUUUCUUCCUCUUCAUUGGGGUGAUCUUGUUCUCUAGUGCGGUAUAUUUUGCUGAGGCUGAAGAACCUGAGUCUCAUUUCACAAGUAUCCCUGAUGCUUUCUGGUGGGCGGUGGUAUCCAUGACCACUGUGGGCUAUGGUGACAUGUACCCUGUGACAAUUGGAGGCAAAAUCGUAGGCUCCUUGUGUGCCAUCGCUGGUGUGCUGACAAUUGCCCUGCCUGUACCUGUCAUCGUGUCCAACUUCAACUACUUCUACCACCGAGAAACAGAAGGGGAAGAACAGGCUCAGUUACUUCACGUUAGCUCCCCUAAUUUAGCAUCUGACAGUGAUCUCAGUCGCCGCAGCUCCUCCACAAUCAGCAAAUCUGAGUACAUGGAAAUUGAAGAGGAUAUGAAUAAUAGCAUAGACAAUUUUAGAGAGGCAAACCUCAGAACUGGCAACUGCACUGUAGCCAACCAAAACUACGUUAAUAAAAGCAAGCUGCUGACUGAUGUGUAAACAAAAAACCAAAAUCCUCACUCACAGCUUAAAGACUUCAGUGACACAGUCACACUUUGUAGAUGCUUUACUGAUAGUCUUUGAAUGCUUUAUUUACCUCGUAAAUGCAUUGUUGCAUUGCGAAUCUUUGCUCAGCGAUAAAGAAGCUUCCAGGAUCCAUGAAAGAUAAAGUUUUGUUUAUUUUUAAAAAAACAUUUUCCACCUGGUAAAUGAUAACCAUUUGAACUAGUUUAGUUUUAAGCUGUAUGACGAUAGACCUAAACUUUUCCUCUCCCAUCUCCCAUUCUUUUUUUUUUAAUUUACGAAGUUAACUUAAACUAAGCAAGACAGUUUUUAGAGCUAUAAAGCAUAUGCAUGGAUUCCAGUAAAAAUAUUCUGCAAAACUGCACAGUUGCAAGAAAGUGCAUCAGAUAAUAAUAACAAAAAAAGGAUUAACAGAAACAUGCAGCAAGCAUUUGCCAUGGUUUUUAUGAAGGAGUGCAAAUUUUCCUUCCACACCCUAUGUGAAAGAUUACAUACAUCCAAUCUACAGAUUCACACAGCACCUUAUUAGAACAUACUUAAGCCUGGUAUCUUUUGUGGUCCAUAGAAGAACUAUUCCAAAAGGAAAAUAAUAAACAAAACUGAAGACAAAACAUCUGCAAUGCUGCUAAGUUCUCUUACAUGCAGAUAGUUUAAACACACUUUUCCCUGUCCAGAACUGGAUACAAAACUUUAAGCCCCUCUGUUGCAAGAUAGCACAAUGGAGUUUAAUAUAAGCAUGUUUGAAUUUGAUACUAUUUAUUUUAUAAUCGCAUGCCUGAAACGUUACCUCAGACAAUAGCAGAUAAGCUUUCGUUUGAACUGAAUCUUCUAAAAAUAGGUCCUUUAGCUCUCUUUUUUUCUCUUCUUUUAUUUUCCUUUUGAUUUGCAUUCACCAGAAGUGCACUCCUUAAUUUAUUAAAUCAUUGACUAGUAAUUUAAAGUACUGUAUUUAAGUGCGUAUGUUAGUCAAAUGGGAACAAUAACUUUUGGAGAUCAAAGCAUGUUCAAAUAUUCAGCAUUAUGGCCUAUUUGAUUAAGGUGUAACUUGAAUUAGUUAAUGCAUGAAUUCAAUAAUAAUUAUAAGAAUAAUAAUAUUAACAAUAAAACAAAAUUUUAAAAAGUGCUUGAUAGACCGAGGAUCUGAAUGAACUGAUUAGAGAAACCUGAUUAUUUUCCUGCAUUGCUCAGGGAAAUGCGUUGGCUUUUGUCCAGGCGUUGUCAGAAAGGAACUUAUCCCAUCCCUUAAAGGGAAAGCUAUAUGGAAAAUUAAGAAGUUAUGUAUAGUCACACCUAAAACCUAGUAUCCUUUAUAGUUGAAAGGUGCAGAUGCAUGCUUUUUGGUGCAUUCUCAGAAUGUAAAUGAAACUUAUAUGCAUCCAAAUUGCAGCAGCUGUUUUGUUUUGCGGUCAUUAGUUGAGAUUUUUUUGUAUUCCCCCAAAAUUCACUGAAGAGACUCAACAGAUUGAUUCAGAUAGUUGCACAGUGCCUUUACCUUACUCCCCCUAAAUUGCUGAAAGUGCCUCCAGGAACUGAGGUGAUCAGAGAUUGCGAAGGAAAGGGCAAUGCACCAACAGUGUUCUGUGCUGUCUCCUGGCACAGCACAGAAAGGGGUAGGGAAACAGAGAAGGAGCAAGUUUAAGUGAGAAGGAUGCAGAAGAGGUGGGCAGAGACCGCCAGCGCCCUUGGGAUACCUUCCUUACACAACCAGCCUGAUUCGGCAGGGCUCAGCAUUUGCUUCUGCCAAAUAACCAUAGUUGUGUUUAUGCAACACUUCAAGUUUCCCUAGGUUGUUUAUAGAGACAUCGCUGCCAUCAUUGUAUCUUCCCUUCGUUUCCCUGAGAUGGCUUUUUGGCAGCCUGUCCCAGCAUGGCAGGAUGCAGGAGGAACUAAGGACCAGCAUGAACUGCAGCAUUGCCCGGUCAGGAAACCAGACUGCAGUGCUGUGCUUUUUUUCUCUUGGCUUCCCCAGCAGGUACGCUGUUUCCCCAUUCCUGCCUUCUCCACCCCCUUUCAUCAGUCUGACAGAUCUUAAAUCCCACCACAGAUCCUUUAAGUCGUAUUCUUCUUUCUGGUCCUUGACCUUACCCUACUUCCACCAUCAUCUGGUGAAGGAAGCAAUGCUAGAAGAAGGUAUCUUCUGCCAUAUGCCAGCCUUGACUGCUAGGCCCUGGAAGAUAAUAACCUUUGAUCUGAACUAAUGUAGGCACUAAUAUAUUUUUUUUAAAUGAACGAAGUUGAGGAUCUUCCUUCUUCACUUAGCAUGUAGCCAGCUGCUGUUGAACACUUCUCCUUCCACAUUGUACAGAUCCUUUCUUCCCCUAUCUUUCUGAUAUAUGUGUAUAUGUAUAUAAAUAUAUAUAUGUGUGUGUCUGCGCAUGUGUGUCACACACAUACGCAGACACACACAUACAUAAAAUCAAGGCACUUAGAGUUAAAAAAGCAGCCCUAACUCUGCAGUUACGCACAAGCCUGACCAGCCAGGUUUCCAGAAAGACUUGACUUUAUUUCUCACUGUGUGGCUUCUGUCAGUCUUAAUGAUGAGAAAGCAAUCAAGAACUGAGGGAGUUCUAGCUCCUCCAAGAAAUGCAAAGCAUCAGAUAAAACAGGGCAUUACAUCCUCUAGGUAGAUGUUGCAAAGCUUCUUCCUUGUUCCUCACUCAUACCCCUGUCCAUUGUACACCUCUUUCCCCAUUAAAUUCUGGUGGUCCUGAUCUUCCCAAACUCUUGAAUUCUAGGGUAUGACUUCUCAUGUCAAAAUGGACUUGAAUGCUGCACUCAGCUUAUAGAACAACCAACUGACUAAACUAAAUAGCAAUAAUCCAUUCAGUGCUGUGGGACUGUUGAUUAGAAAGUGGUGUCUGGGAGAAGAAGCCUCACUUUGGUAAUUUAACUUUUGCCACAGUUGGGUAUGCACACCUUAGUUUAAUGAGCAGAAUGAUAAUCAUUCUACAUCUGUAAAGAGAAAAGUGCUGCAUACAACAAUUCUUUUUCGUCAGGAGACCUGGAUGGAUCAUUAGGACUCGGGUGGUUUAAGGAGCCUGAGUGUUGCUUUGUUCAUUUGUAAAUCAUUGCAAAGGAUCUCAGUACAUAUGGAGUACGGGAAUUAACCUCAUGUAGCACAGGCAUGCAUUUUCUACAAGUUUGACACAAAAAAAAAAUAGCAACAACAAAAAGCUCUUACUCACUUUACACAGGAAUGCCGAAAUAUCUUUGUGGGCCUGAAGGUGCAAUUAGCAAACUGCCUGUUCUUACCAGUAAGCAUCCCUCCCUCCCUCCCUUCCUUCCUUCCUUCCUUCCUUCCUUCUUUCCUUCCUCCCUUCCUCCCUUCCUCCCUUCCUCCCUUCCUCCCUUCCUCCCUUCCUCCCUUCCUUCCCUUCCUUCCUUCCUCCUCCCACUUUUGGCAUAAGUUUAUUUUGCCACACAUGAAGUCUAUGGGAUCAUUUCUGUCAGUGAAAGAGGACUGGAAAUAAGCUGAUGGCAAAUUUAGUGCAUCUCUAUGAUUCUGUGAUCUUUGAAUGAGUCAAGAGACCUUCAUUCAGUUGGCAAGGACCUCUCAGAAGUGAUGCCCAUGUUAUGCUGGACAGAGAAACCAGUAGAUAAAACAGUUUUAGUUGGGCUGUAGUUUGAUGAGGUGAGGCAGCUAUUCCAGCAUAAAGCCUCCUUUAACAGUCACCGUUCUUUGUCUCUCUGUGCUUCUUAGUUGCCCCCAUACCGCUUUUUCUUCCUCUACUCAGUGAAAGGGAUGAGGGAACUUCUCUGGCACGAGCAAGGCAGUGGUAUACUGCAGUGCAGAGGCAGGAAUGGAGAAGCAGUGAGUGGGCAGGAAUCCCAUUGGCUGGUAUCACUGCCAAAAUUCCCCAUCUGGUCCUACUGUACUUAGCUAUACAGCACUAGGGAACAUGCAGAGAAACAAGGAGGAGGGUGAAAAUGAAAGGUUCUGUACCCCCUUCUUUUACAGAACUGAGAAGUUGCUGCCAGACUGCCAAGAGCUCAAAUCCUCUGUGUGGCAGCUCCAGCAGAGAAUGAACUGGAUUUACUUGUCUUCAAGAGGAAGUUAGAGUGCAGUAAACCAGACUGUGAGUUCACAGCAUCCUAGCAAAACCAUGCGGAUUCCCUGCAUGGAGUCUUUUAAGUUUUAUCUCCACUGGGGACUUCAGGAAAGCUAAUUCGAAUUAAUGAAAGGUGCAUAUUUAAAGUAGAUUUGUUAAACUGUUUUAAAGCCCAGCAUGGACAUUCUGUUGCAGUAUAAAAGCAACCUUAAUCUGAUUUGGAGUCAUUCUUUUUGGAAGGAAAGUAAGCCAAAUUAAAUUAAGGCUGCUUUAAUUCUGAACACAAUGGGGCUUAAUGCAGUUUACCUCAUCUGCCUCACAAGUUCAUUCAAAUAGAUAAGCCUUUAGUAAUCAUUAAAUGUAAUGGAGCUGACCCCACUUUGCAGGGGGUGGCUGGGCAGAGUGUGGCCAUGUGCUACAAAAUGCUUAGUAUGUGAGUGCUGGAAAUUCACAGCCUGGCUUAAUGACAUGUUGGUUCUGGUAACAAUUCUAGUGAUUUCCUUCUUUUGUUCCUGGUUUACAUAUUUGUAGGUGUGAGGAGAAUCAAUCCCGCUGCCUUCUGGGAAGUUGACAAUGAUCAUGGCCCAAUGAAAUUAAUUUCCACUUUACAAAGUCUCUAACUGUGCACAUGCUUAACCUGAUGUACUGUUGAUCAUGUGGACAAGCACUUGAAAGACAGUUUGAAGCACUAAAGGCAGGACAAAAUUCAGCAAAAGUCCUCUUAUUUUCAGUAGUGAUUUUGCCCAAGUAGAGAUUUCAGGCAUCAGACUCUUCUUUGCAAAUCAGGUGUGCAUCAUUCAUUAGAGGCUGCAUUGGCCCAAAUCAACAAUUGGAGCAGUAGCAAAAUUUAUUGACAAAUUUUUUACUAAGGGACAGUUGUUUUUAUUAGACAAAAGCACAGAAAUCUUGUUUUUAUUAUGGACAGCUAAAGCCCAAGUGUAGUGCAAAAAGUGAAAAUCUGAGGGCAAGUUCCUUUUUUCCAUAGUUCACACUUGGACAGUGCAGUUUCUUAUGUGCACGUGUAUUAACUUAAAUAGAAUAAACGCUAGGAGAGAAACAUCUGAAAUUUAUUAGAAAAAGGUAGAAAGUUGUGUUUCAGAGUAAGACCUUCUGCAUAUAUAUGUAUUAUAUGGAGAGAACAUAUUCCUUUCCAAAUCUGAGCUUGAUAACUGUUUUUAGAGGGGUGCCAUUCAAGAUUAAUUCAUUUCCCGUAAUAUAAAGAAGAGGGAGGUACUGAAGCUUUUCCAGGAAUGGUCUGAUCCUGUAGGCUUCCAGCAGCCUGAUGGCACAGAUCAUCACCGUAAUUUUAGAUUCGCAGGAAUGCAGAACCAGCUCCAAAGUGUGAUUUACCCUCCCUAGCUGCAGAGCUGGAUGGAAUUUGAAAGCUGUCCUUGCAAUUGUACAACAGGGCAAGUUUGUUCCAGACCUGCCUAUCACGAGUCUGCAGCAGGCUUCUUUUCCUCUGAGAUGCUUUAACCAGCGUCCUACAUUUCAAUUUUAGUUAGACUUUUUUCAGGAUUUUUUUUCUUUUUUUUUUUUUUCCCUCUGUUUUUACUUAAUCAGGUGUAAAAAAUUUAUUUUUCCUGAAAUGCACUUAUCAAGUAUUCUUAAAGGUGUCAGUAUUAGUAUCCACAAAAAUGUAACUUCAGGGUGUUCUACUGUUUCACUCAAUACAGGUGAACUUGCCACCAGUGAGGUCAACAAUUUAUGCUGUCAACGCAUAACAUGCUUCGAUAUUUUCAAAGGAAAUAAAAUGAAACUGAGGUCUUAACUGAAAUGUGUCUCUAAGUAUCUGUUAAUAUCUAUGUAAUUCUGUAUAUUUUACCUGUUCACAGGCUCUAGCAAAUGUCACUACGAGUUAUAAAAAAAAAAAAAUCGCUUUCCAUUUCUAGUUUCUAUAAUAAAAUGAAGACGUUGCAUUCAGUUCCUUUAGGUGCAUCAGUCUUUGAUCCAUGUUAUUGUUUCAGUGACAUUUCUAUAAUGUAAUUGGGAUCAAAUGUAUAUUUUACUUUUGUAUAAAAGUAAAAAUGAUAUUUUUAUGACUAAAUUCAGCAAACCUUUACCUAUAACCUGCUAGGUGAAACCUUUCCUUUCCUUUCCUUUCCUUUCCUUUCCUUUCCUUUCCUUUCCUUUCCUUUCCUUUCCUUUCCUUUCCUUUCCUUUCCUUUCCUUUCCUUUCCUUUCCUUUCCUUUCCUUUCCUUUCCUUUCCUUUCCUUUCCUUUCCUUUCCUUUCCUUUCCUUUCCUUUCCUUUCCUUUCCUUUCCUUUCCUUUCCUUUCCUUUCCUUUCCUUUCCUUUCCUUUCCUUUCCUUUCCUUUCCUUUCCUUUCCUUUCCUUUCCUUUCCUUUCCUUUCCUUUCCUUUCCUUUCCAUGUAAGCCAUUGUUUUUGCAGUAUGUUGGUUUGAAAUGAAUAAAUAACAGCUGUCGAUAGAACUGUAUACAGCCUCUCAGACAUAUCUCUGAUUUUAAAGAUCAAAUAUUACCAAUGUGAAAUAUAAAAACUGAAUAGUCUCUAUAUGAAAGUGCACCAUCAGGGCAACGAACCAUUUAAGCUGACACAGCUGUACUUAUUUCCACCAUUUACAAAUCGCUUACUCUUUGGGUCAAGUAUGUACUUCAUUGUCACACUACAGGUCAUUUUACUUCCAGUAGUGAAAUGGUUUGACUUAUCAUUUUUGGAACAUCUGAUGUUAUGAGUUCUUGAACUAUUUGAAAUGCAUAGUUUUCAUCUAUGCAAUUUUACCUGCUUCUGUACUUGUUCAUCUGUUCAUACUUGGCAUCAAUUAAAGAUAAUUUUUAAGGAUCUUA